UGUUGAAGGUCGUCUCCUUUCCCUCUCCUCCUCUCUCUCUCUCUCUCUCUCUCUCUCUCCAUUUCCCCCACAAAUCGAAACCCUAGACCCUGACAAUGGGCCGCGCCACCACUAUGCCGCCGCCUCUAAUGGCGAUCCUCGUCGCCGCCGCCAUAAUCCUAACCCUAACCCUAACCCCCUCCCCCUCCGCCGCCGCCUUCCCCUCCACGAAGAGCUCGAAAUCGCCGCCACCGCCGCCGACGACUUCGUCGUCGUCGUCGUCGGCUCCGGCGACCUCCUCCACCGUGUUCCCCCUCUACGGCGACGUGUAUCCCCACGGGUUGUACUUCGUGUCGAUGAGCAUUGGGGAGCCUCCGAAACCCUACUUCCUGGAUGUGGACACGGGGAGCGACCUCACUUGGCUCCAAUGCGACGCUCCCUGCGUUAGCUGCUCCCCCGGGCCGCAUCCCUAUUACCGGCCGGAGGUAAGCAAGCUGGUGGCGUGCGAGGACCCGCUGUGCGAGGCCCUCCACCUGUCCACCACCGGCCGCCACGACUGCGAGCAGCAGCAGCAGCAGUGCGACUACGAGAUCCAGUACGCCGACACGGGCUCCUCCCUCGGCGUGCUCGUCGCCGACGCCUUCUCCCUCCGCCUCGCCAACACCUCCCUCGUCCGUCCCUCCCUCGCCUUCGGGUGCGGGUACGACCAGCAAUUCGGGAACCCCAACUCGCCGUCGCCGACCGACGGCGUGCUCGGGCUCGGGAACGGAAAGACGGGCGUGGUGUCGCAGCUCAAGGAGCAGGGGAUCACCAGGAACGUGAUGGGCCAUUGCCUUAGUCGGAAGGGCGGCGGGUUUCUCUUCUUCGGGGACGACUUGGUGCCGUAUUCGAAGGUGACUUGGGCGCCCAUGUUGCGCAGCGCAUUCAGAAGUCACUACUCGCCCGGACCCGCGACCCUCUACUUCGGAACGCGUCCUCUGGGAGUGAAGCAGAUGGAAGUCGUAAUCGAUAGCGGCAGCUCCUACACCUACUUCGGUUACCAGCCAUACCAAGCACUUGUCUCAGCAUUGAAAGCAGAGCUUUCCAAGAAGCCGCUCAAAGAGGCGGUCGACGACCCAUCGUUACCGCUCUGCUGGCGAGGACGAAAACCGUUCAGGUCUCCGCUCGAUCUCAGGAAGUAUUUCACGACCCUGAUUCUGAACUUCGUUAACGGGAGGCGAGCGCUCUUGGAGAUGCCUCCGGAGAAUUACCUUAUCAUUUCUAAAUACGGCAACGCGUGCUUGGGCAUUCUCAACGGAACGGAAGUAGGGCUCAACGAGCUCAACGUCAUCGGAGACAUAUCAAUGCAAGACCUCAUGGUGGUCUACGAUAACGAGAAGGAACAAAUCGGAUGGAUUCGUGCGGCGUGCGAUCGGCUUCCAAGGGCCGGGACUUCACCUCUUUGAUCAUCCAAAUGCCGUACGUACAUACACACCCGCGGCCUCGCAAAAGGAAAGGUUUCUCACCCUUCAACUUCUCACCCUCCAACUAUUCUAUGUCUAUUCUUUCCUACCAAUAUAGUGUACAUAUAAUUUACUAGUCCCACCAUCGGCAUCAUUAUUCCUAUAACGCAAGAUCGACCAGCGUAAGUACCAUGUAGCCUUAAAUUGAUGUAUAUAAACAAAUUAAUAGGAAAAGGUGGUGGGGCUUACAUGUAUAGAUGGCCUUAAUUAUGUAACAAAAUAAGUUCGUAUAAAUAUAUGUUACAUAGCUCAUAUCGCAUUUAAAGAUUCAAA